CGGUCAAUUACACACAGUCACACACUAGCCCCAACCCCCCCAAGUCCACACACACACACACACAAACCAAAAGAAAAGAAAGAGAAAAAAAAAAACUAAAAAGACACCCUCCCCAUCCCCCACCUCAGCCCAACUCCCCAAGCGGCAAAACUCCGCUUCAGCUAAACUGUGUGUGUUUUUCUGUGUGUGUGUCAGAUCUCAAUGGCUAAGGUUUCAUAAUCUAUCGGAUAACAGUUUUUUUUGCUAACUUUGGUAUUGAAGGUUCCGUCUUUUGUUGUCUCAGACCAGAAAUGUCGGACCUCAAGGAUCCUGCCAUAAAGCUGUUUGGGAAAACUAUACAGCUGCCGGAUAUUCCGGCGGCGGCUGCGGCGGCGGACUCCGAAUGUGAUGGAGCUGUUUCCGCUCAGUCUUUUGAGGUUUCUGGUGAUGAAAGUUUGGUUCAGGAUUGUCCCUGUUCGACAAAUUCUUUGCCUGAAGAUAGCAACCUGGAGACAACAACUCAUGAAGAAGAUACUGAAAAGGUUUCAAAGGGGAGAGGAGAUGAUAUUAAAGUAGAGGAUGGUACAGACAUGGUGAUUUCUGAGGAACAAGCAGAUUCAUCUGUUAGUUCACUAGCAAAGGAGAAUUCAAAAGCUACAUCUGUGGAUACCGAAGCUGAUCCUUCAACAGCUUCAAAAGCUGAGGACGACCAUAAUGAGAAAAACACUUCUCACGAUAAGACUCUGAAGAAACCAGAUAAGAUUCUUCCUUGUCCGCGCUGUAAUAGCAUGGAGACGAAGUUCUGUUAUUAUAAUAACUACAACGUGAACCAGCCUCGGCACUUUUGUAAGAAUUGCCAGAGGUACUGGACUGCUGGUGGAACUAUGAGAAAUGUGCCUGUUGGUGCUGGCCGACGGAAAAACAAAAGUUCAGCCUCCCAAUGCAGACAAAUAACAGUUUCUGAAACUGUUCACAAUUCACGAGUGGAUAUUCCAAAUGGACUUCACCACCCAACACUUGCGCCUAAUGGUACUGUACUUACAUUUGGAUCAGAUUCCCCUCUAUGCGAGUCAAUGGCUUCAGUUCUCAACAUUGCUGAGAAAACAGUUAACUGUAGCAGGAAUGGUUUCCAAAGGCCAGAGGAGCUAAAAAUUGCAAUUCCUUACGGAAGUGGAGGGAAUGGAGAGGACCACCUGAAUGGACCUUCAGUCAGUGGUUCAACUUCAAAGGAAGAAGCAGGAAAAGAUGUUAUGUCCGACAAACAAAUACCUAAUUGCCAAAGCAUUCCUCCUCAGAUUCCUUGCUUUCCAGGUGCUCCCUGGCCUUACCCAUGGAACCCAGUUCAAUGGAGUCCUCCAAUUCCUCCGGCUGCCUUUUGCCCUCCUCCUGGGUUCCCAAUGCCAUUCUACCCUGCUGCCCCAUAUUGGGGUUGUACUGUACCAGGAUCUUGGAGUGUCCCAUGGAUUAACCCAACAUUUCCGCCACAGAACCUCAAUUCCCCAACCUCUGGACCUAAUUCACCAACCUUGGGGAAGCACUCUAGGGAUGAUAACAUUCUGAAAAGUGAUGAUGGUAAAACUGAAGAUACUCAAAAAGAGAGUAAUCCAGAGAAAUGCUUGUGGGUUCCAAAAACAUUGCGCAUUGAUGACCCAGGAGAAGCUGCAAAGAGUUCCAUCUGGGCAACCCUGGGGAUAAAAAAUGACAAAGUAGAUUCAGCUGGUGGAGGUGGUCUUUUUAAGGCUUUCAAGUCUAAGGAUGAUGAAAAGGCACAUGUUUCAGAAACCUCUCCUGUGUUACAGGCCAAUCCAGCCGCACUGUCGAGGUCUGUAAGCUUUCAUGAGGCAUCUUAAAGUCAUUAGGUGAGAAAUUUGACAUCAUCUUUUUGCUCUGGCUAGGGAAGUCCAUUGGUCUUUUAACUUAUACAGUGUUAUUAUAUUCCUGCUUGAUCAUUCUUGAUAUCCAGUCUACUCCAGCCAAUACAGGUAAAGAUCAGAAGCUGAUCUCCAGUUGAUGUUGAAGUUUAGAUUUGAUGUUACAGAAUUGGCAGGUUGCUUUCUCUUUUUUCGGGAUAAAGAACAAUAGGUGCCCUUUCUCUGAAGAUAGAUUGGUUGUUGAGUUUUGGUCCUACCAUGUACAUAUUAAUGUAUGGCUUAGUGAGACAAUGUAGAUCGGGGUUAUGUAUCAAAAUUGUAUCUGCUGUAAGUUUUACAAUCGAAUCCAGCUACCAUAUUUGUAACAUUUUUAGGCUUUUUGCAGCAACUGCCAUGUGCUAGCUUGUUGUAUGCUGGAAUUUGUUAUACAGAUGCAUAACUUUUUGUUCCCUGGUUUUUGUUUCCCUCUUGCUUGCUUUUGCCAAUAGUUACACCUUAUCCCUCACAUGACGAGCACAUUCGGAUCAUUAAAGUCACCUUUUCACAUUGAUUUUGUAGAUUUUUGAGUAGUUCUGAAGUUAGAAAACAAAACCCACACAUGUCAGUAUUUUAUUUGCAUUAAUGUAUAGGCCGUUAGGCCCUCCACCAGCAAGGCCAUCGGGAUGAUGGAUCGCCAUUCUCUGGAGUCUGAACUUAAUAAUCUCACCAAAUUGUUUCAAUUUUGUGGCAGGGUAACGUGUAGUAUUCUAUCUAUUCUAAAAUGAUUAUCGAGCUUGUUAGCACGAAAUAGGCAGGGCAAUCUUUUAGAGACGGGAGGUGGUAUUAAAGUUGCAUAGAAUUUGAUGCUAGGAAGGAUUAGAGAGCACGAAUAGGCCUGCACUGGUGUGCACUCAACUCUGUCAAGUGUCAACCAACCCAGAAAUGAGAAAACAAAUACUCACAGUAAUCUAUAAAGCCCCCUCAUGAGGAGAAAGGUUCAGCUUUUGGGGAUGAUUCCUAAAUUGAAUAUUCUCCAACUUGCAUUUAUUUAACACUCUGCUAAAAUGAACUUUGUCAAACCCACCGACCCG